GCCCCAGCGAGGACCCUUUCUCCCGUAGCGCGCACCCCACAGACGGGUUGCCCCGCGCUAAAGAAGCCUAGCAAGCCUAGGAGCGAGCUGAGGAGGAGCCAAGCAGCACUAAAUUGAAAAAGAAGCUGAGAGCUUUUCCUCAUCAAGCUCGAUUAGGCUUGAUAAGAGCAGUGUCGAUCGUCAUCGUCAACAGAACCAAUAGCAGCAGCAUCAGCAGUAUCAGCGCCAUCAGCAGCAUCAGCAGCCACAGCAUCAUCCACCUCCCAAUCAACGCACGACGGGACUGCAGCUCGCACUCACACUGCCACAAUAAAACCAACCCUUCCUCCAGCUCCACCACCACCAGCACCCUGCAAAGUCGCCAGCUCAGCACCAUGAGCGAGAAAGAAAUGUCGCAAUACCUCAAAGAGACGCACGAUCGCGUCUUCGAACACAACACGCGCUGGGCCGCCGAGAAGCGCGCAGCGGACCCAGACUUCUUCUCGCGCCUCACGGCCGGCCAGUCGCCCGACUACCUCUGGAUCGGGUGCAGCGACUCGCGCAUCCCCGCCGAGCAGAUCACAGGCCUGGAGCCCGGCGAGGCCUUUGUGCACCGCAACAUCGCCAACCUGGUGUGCAACGUCGACCUCAACGCCAUGGCGGUGCUUAACUAUGCCGUCGAGCACCUCGGCGUCAAGCACAUUGUCGUGUGCGGCCACUACGGCUGCGGCGGCGUCAAGGCUGCCAUGACCCCCAAGGACCUGGGCCUGCUCAACCCCUGGCUGCGCAACAUCCGCGACGUCUAUCGCCUGCACGAGAAGGAGCUGGACACCAUCGCCGACGAAAAUGCCCGCUACGACCGCCUCGUCGAGCUGAACGUCAUUGAGCAGUGCAGGAACGUCAUGAAGACCGCCGCCGUCCAGAAGAGCUACAGCGAGAAGCAGUUCCCUAUCGUCCACGGCUGGGUCUUUGGCUUCAAGGAUGGCCUGCUCAAGGACCUCAAGUUUGACUUUGCCUCCACCCUCAAGGACAUCCAGAAGAUCUACAACCUGACCGACUAGGCGUCGUUUGAGGGGUGUGGGUCGGCUGGCCCUCCUGCAGGAGAAGAGAGAGAGGAGGGGGCCACAACAGAAAAAGAAGGAGAAGAGAGGAAGAGCAAAAAGAAGAAGGAGGGGAACCGGAGGACGAUAACAAUCAUUGUUUCCCGAGUGAGGACGUAUUUGGUUGGUAACUGACAGCAGAGAUAGAGAGAGAGAGAGAGAGGAAGAGAGAAAUGGUUGUCGCCAUCAGGCAGAUGACAAGGGAUUCUCCCGUUGUGGGACCUCCUUGCCCAGCGAUACGAUCCGGCCAUCGGGCACCGAAGAUGAAGGAGGGCCACCACAGGUUUCUUGACAUGGUCCGAAUAAUCAGGCGAGGCUUUACAAUUCGAUAGAUCAGUUCAGUGAUUUCAACUGCCGACUAGUCCAAUGCGUACUGCUUGCAGGCAUACACACACC